UCAAUAAAUUAUUCUUAUAUUAGAAUAAAGUAUUGUUAUCUACCUAAUUUUAAGAUAAUAUUAGUUUGGAUGCAAUUACAAGACAUAAUGAUAAUAUUAGUGAUAAUAUUACUGUUUUGCGUUAAUUCCAAUUCUAUUUACGAAAAACUGCGAGUCCCAAUAAUCGACCAAGUACGAACUGGUUAGAUUGCUAAGAAAUCUCCUUAUCAUCAAGCAUUUACAUUGAAAUAGCAAUGAGCAACGCGUUUAAAAAUCAAUGGGAUUUCCGUAAAGAAAUUAUGGUUUAUUAAGAACUGCAUGGAGCCGUGCAGAUAUAUACUGAUGUCGGAAGAAUAUAAAAACUCAGCUAAACGGUCCACAAAUCACACUUCGUUCUAAGAGUUGUAAGAAGCGGACAAUAUGCGACACAUUUUAGUGCUCCUGGUUUUUGGACUUGUAUGGCAGAAGAGCCUCGCAAGCCCAGUGAUUGAGGAUAAUGAAUGGGAUGAGACCGUCGAAUCAGAUUUCUACUCCGACCCCCUAAGUUCUGAAUCAGAUACUAAUGAAAGUAUUUUUGCAAUAGAAAAGGUGAAGAAUAAAUUUGAACAACUGACAGCGAACUUUAAGGAUUUCAUAAACGAGCUGUUUGAACGGAAAGGAAGGAAUGAAAAAAAUGAUUAUUUACUAGAAAAUGAUUAUGGAAGUGCACUCGCUAAAAUGGAUUCCGAAAUGGAUACAUUGAAGUCUUUAAAUGAAAUUGAUCGAAAAUCUAUCAAGAUGAUUGGUACGAAAUAUUAUUAUAUUGAAAACCAUGAGAAGCUAAGCUGGGGGGACGCCGAUGAAAAAUGUCUUCAAAUGGACGGUAACUUAGUUACUCUUCAAAAUUGGGAAGAAUGGAGUUCAAUAUCACUGCACUUGGAGCGAAAAAACAACUAUUGGAUUGAUCUCCACUCCCAGAUGAAAAUGGUUUCGCAAACUACCGGAGAACUAGCCCCCUCCCUCAUGUGGAAGAAUCGUGAGGAUCGCGAGGAAGCUCUGUCAAUAAUAAACAACGAGUAUUGCGUCGAAUUGAACGCGCAAUAUGACCAUUACAUGAUGGAGAACAAUUGCUCUAGGAAAAACCAUUUCAUUUGCGAAAUUCGCGCACUGGAUGCCUUUAAUCUACCAAGUUGGUGAAUUAUUGUACAAAUCUGUCUGUGUAAAACCUUAAACGAAAAUAUAUUUCUCGGCAAAUCUUACUUGAUGUUUUUUUUAAGCAUUUACCAAUUUAAAAUAUAUACAACUAAUUAAUUCAUUUUAU